ACUUAAGCAAACUGCUGAGUCAAGAUGGUGAAAGAAACGAGGUUUUAUGAUAUUCUCGGAGUGAAACCUCAAGCAACUACUGAAGAAAUCAAGAAAUCAUACAAGAAAUUAGCUCUGAAGUACCAUCCUGAUAAAAACCCUGAUGAAGGCCACAAGUUUAAAGAGAUAGUCCAAGCAUAUGAGGUGUUGUCGGACCCUGAAAAAAGAAAGACCUAUGAUAGAUUUGGAGAGCAGGCAAUCAAAGAAGGAGCUUCAAAUGGAGGUGGUGGUUUUGGACCUGGUGUUGACAUGUUCGACAUGUUCUUCCGAGGUGGCAGCUUCUUCGGAGGUGGUGGUGGAAGGAGUGAAAGAGCCCGACAUGCUAAUGAUGUGGUUCAUCAGCUAAAAGUAUCUCUGGAGGAGUUAUACAAAGGAACCACUCGCAAACUUCAAUUACAAAAGAAUGUUGUUUGUAAUAAGUGUGAAGGAAAGGGAGGUAAAAAGGUUGAAACCUGUCCCAACUGCAAAGGUGUUGGUGUACAAAUUCAAGUGCAGCAACUGGGCCCUAAUAUUGUGCAGCAUGUUCAGAGCACAUGUGGCGAGUGCCGUGGGCAAGGUGAAAGGAUAAGUCCGAAGGACCGCUGCAAGCAGUGUAAUGGAAAGAAGACCAUUCCUGAGCGAAAGAUUGUUGAAGUGCCCAUUGACAAGGGUAUGCAGGAUGGACAGAAAAUCAAAUUCUCUGGUGAGGGUGAUCAAGACCCUGGAGUAGAGCCUGGUGACAUGAUUGUUGUCCUUGACGAGAAGGAACAUGAAGUAUUUAAACGGUCUGGAAAUAAUCUCAUCAUGAGAAUGCAUCUUGAGCUUGUUGAGGCUAUUUGUGGUUUCCAGAAGGUUAUUAGAACUCUUGAUGACAGAGAUCUUGUCAUUACAUCUCUCCCAGGUGAAGUAAUCAAGAGUGGUGAUGUUAAGUGCAUAGUUAAUGAGGGUAUGCCUCAGUACAAGAAUCCAUUUGAAAAAGGCAAGCUCAUCAUCCAGUUCUUGGUGAACUUCCCAGCAACAAUUGACCCUGCACUUAUUCCCCAACUUGAACAGUGCCUUCCACCUAGGGAAGAAAUCAUGAUUCCUAAUAAUGCUGAAGAGGUGAUGUUGGUUGACAUGGACCCUGCGCAAUCAAGGCGAGACUCCCGCAGCGAGGAUGAAAACUGUGGAAGAGUACAAUGUGCGUCACAUUAAUUAAAGUGGUCUUUUUUAAUUUAUUUACUAAAUUUCACUCCAAUUGAGCUUUCCUGUAACACUGAUCUUAGAAGUGAUACUGCAUAAUAAUUAUCUAUUGGUCAGGUUUUAGGCUUAUCCUCUCAAUCAGUAUAAAUAAGACUACCAUUCCAGUGUAUGCAAGUGAAAUAUAGGUUUAUUUCAAAGCUAGCUUCUCUUAAUUUUAGUACCCUUUUGUCUGAUCUUGUACUAUCAUCUUUCAAUAUUCUAUCAUCAAACACAAGUAAGUGUGUGUUGUGUUUGUAGUUGGUAGCACAGUAGAACCUCUUCACCUCAUCGCAUUUUGUUCCAGUCCAAAUAUUGCUAGCUGAUGAUCAUUGUAAUACUUUCGCCUGUGGAUUUUUUUUGCUGUCAAUUUGUUACUCUUUUGCCAUCAUACUGAAAUUGAUAUUUGGCUUGAACCAAUUAUUUUCAUCAAGUGAUAACUUAUGUCUUAUAUGUAGGUAGAAACCAAUUGUUAUACAAUGCUAUUGAUAACUUUUGAAGUUUGUCUUCUAGGUACAAAUUUAUACCAGCAGAUUCUCUGUAUUUAAAUUAAAAUUAUGAAGAUCUUCUA